CUAAAGGGCUCUGAAUAACACGCAAGUAAUUUCAUACUGAGGGGAAACUAAAGUAGUAGGAGACGCGCCGUUUGUCGAACAAAAUAAAUUGAUAUGGGAGAACCAAAAAGGUAUGGGCUUAUCAUUCCAUCCAAGAAAACUACAUGCAAACCUAUGAUGAAGAAACCAGCUGUGUUUGGUGAUGAUUCGAGUGAUGAUGAGGAAAGAGCUCACAAAGAAGUGAAUUUAUCCCUAAUUCAAGAAUCACAAAAGAAGAAGCAAAUGAAACAGACUCAGAUUGAAAUACAGAAAGCUUUGAAAGAAGAUCCUACUGUGUAUGAGUAUGAUGCUGUCUAUGAAGAAAUGGAAGAAAAAAAGAAAGCUGCAAGUUUUAAAGUUCCAAAGAAAGAUAAAAAGCCCAAGUACAUUGAGAGCUUGUUGAAGGCUGCAGCUGCUCGGAAGAGGGAAUUUGAAAGGACAGUCGAGCGACAAGUACAAAAGGAAAGAGAACAAGAGAAAGGAGAGUUUGAUGAUAAAGAAGCUUUUGUUACUGAGGCAUUCCGUAAGAAAAUGCAAGAACAACUUGAGGAGGAAGAGAGAAUCAAAUGGCAAGAUGCUAUUGAUGCUGCCAAUGAUGUCACAAAGCAGAAGGACCUAAGUUUGUUUUAUCGCAAUCUUCUGAAUCAAAACAUGUCACUGGGAGGAUCAUUUACUGCCAAAGAUACAACAAAGAUUGACUUGCCAAACAUGGAAAAUGACAUCAGAGAAUCUCAAGGAAAGGAUGAAAGGGCACCUCAAGAAAUGUCAGACAGUAGAAAGAAAGAAAAACACCGAGAUAGAAAUGAGAGUAAAUAUUUAAGAGAUCAAGGAUUAGAAGAAAACCCAAGACAUACAAGAGUUCCUUCCCAACAUGUGAGAAUCCAUGAUCACAAAAAUCACAAACGAAACGACAAUGAGAAUGACAAAGUUCAACAUUCAGCUGAUUUGUUAAACCAGAAACAAAGAAGGUGCAGUGAUAGGGAGCAUGAGAAAUUGGGGAUUCACAGACAUUCCAGUGGCUUCAAACCACAUCAAUCAGGCCAUGAUGCUAAGAAUAAAGCUGACAAACACAUCUAUUAUAGAGAGUAUUCUCAGGAUGACAUGAGGGCACUAGACAAGAAUAAAAAGAAAAGUGAGAAAGUUGCCAAAGAAAUCAAAGAAACAUUGAGAGAGGAGUCUCUUAGCAAAUUUGCCAAGCGCAGCACAGGUGAAACUGUUUCAUCUGCUAAAGAGCGAUAUCUGGCGAGGAAAAAAGCACGCAAUUCUGCUAAGAAUGCAACUGCCUAUGAUGACAGUGAUGAAUAGUUUGUUAUAACUCAGAAGUAAAACUGAUCUUUGCAAGGUUUGACUGGUACAAUUUUUGAAAUGGUUAAAAAAAACUGAAAAUCUAGCAAUCUUUCUCUUGGAAUUAAGUCUUUGGUUGUAUAUUGAACAUCUAAUUGCAAUAAAAUGAUAGCUAAAAAUUUAUGGUUUUGAAAUUGUUACACUUGUUUUGCUGGAAAGCAGUGCAAGAGGAUUUUCACAAAGCCAGUUACCCUGCUUUCAGAGUUUGUUGGUCUUCUAACAAAGAAUCCCAGUGAAUAUUCGAGUCCUCAUCAGAAGUACUGAUAAAUCUUCAACAAAAAUAUGUACUGUUUCUCUUUUAAGUCCUAGGUGUUCAGUUGGUAAAACAGAGCAAAAUAGUAAACAACACAAUAAUAGUGGUGGAGUGAAAAGCAAGGGAGGUUUUGGCUAAUCCAACCCAACCCAAAAACUUGCUUUUUGCUCCUCCUCUAUGAUCAUGUAGGUUACUAUUCUGCUGCAUUAUACUAACUGGAUCAGGCUAAGUCCCUUGAGUUUCUGUAUAAUAAAUAUUCUCAAUGGACAAUGGAAAACUUUGACCCAUCUAAUGCACUGUAUAUUCAAUAUCAACAACGCAAUUACAUCUUGUUACAGUG